AUGGCCUGCACGAGCAUCCCUAAGUGCGCCGGCUGCGAAAAACCCAUCCUGGACCGGUUCAUCCUCAAGGUGCUGGAGCGGUCGUGGCAUGCGCGCUGCCUCAAGUGCGCCGACUGCCAGGCGCAGCUGGCCAACAAGUGCUUCGCCCGCAACGGGCACGUCUACUGCAAGGACGACUUCUUCAAGCGAUACGGCACCAAGUGCGCUGGCUGUGAGCUGGGCAUCCCGCCGACGCAAGUGGUGCGCCGAGCGCAGGACAACGUGUACCACUUGCACUGUUUCGCCUGCAUCCUGUGCAAGCGGCAGCUGAACACGGGCGACGAGUUCUACCUCAUGGAGGACAACAAACUGGUCUGCAAGGCCGACUACGAAGCGGCCAAGGCGCGCGAGGGCUCCAGCAAGCGGCCGCGCACCACCAUCACGGCCAAGCAGCUGGAGACGCUCAAGAGCGCCUACAACAACAGCCCCAAGCCAGCGCGUCACGUGCGCGAACAGUUGUCGCAGGACACUGGGCUCGACAUGCGCGUCGUACAGGUCUGGUUCCAGAACCGGCGCGCAAAGGAGAAGCGCCUCAAGAAGGACGCCGGCAAGACCCGCUGGGGAGACUUCUUCCGCUCCUCGUCCGGCGCCACCAUCAAGCGAGACGUCAAAGACCACCCAGAGGACUCUGAGCCGUUCGGGCUGACCGGCAGCGACCCUGAGGGCUCCCCGGGCCAGCAGUCGGGCCACAGCGGCGCCUCGUCCUACUUCCCGGCCAGCCCCGGCGGUCAGCUGGGGCCCCACUUCGGCCUUCCCAGCGACCAGUUCCCGGGUCGCGGAGACGACACCUACGGCGAGUUCCCGCCCAGCCCGGCCUCGUGGCUCGAGGACAUGGACAGCACGCCUUCGUCGGCGAACUUCUGAGCCCCGCACGACCGUGUAGCGGGGCCCCAAGCGCGCGCGAUCGGCGCGGUUGACACUCUCGCUCGGUUUCGUCGUUCCGCGGCUGCCGGUCGCGCGGCAGCCGCGAGGUCGCGGCGCCGGCGCGGGCUUCUACGCUCCGUGUCCGCUGAAGCUGCGCCGAAGGCGAGGGUAGGAAGGAGCGUGCGGCCCUGAACACUGUCAACUGCUGACGCUGCGAGAGUGCCAUCCCGACGACGUGAAAGUGGGCAGGAUGCAGUAAAUCUUACUCUGAAAACUCUCAAGGUAGCACGCGCAAAUUUCAAUCAGAGCUUAACUGUCCGCAGCCAAGGUCACUGUAUGCGACUCUGGCGCGGCCCCGUUGUAAAGUAUUUGUGCGUGUUACAGCAGAAGUUUGCGUGCUGAAUACCUGGCGAAGGACACACUCAGGUAUCGAGAGGUGAACACGUAGGAUGGA